UCAGAUACAACUUUAUUUGUUACAGAGCCAGAUACAAAGUGGCAAAUGUACGUCAUCAUAUUGCGUCCUGUCAUUCAGGGAACAUGGCUGCGCUUUGCAAUAACCUGCGUGCCAAGCUGGUGUCAUGGCAGCCGGUCGGACUGUUCCACACAGGGGUGAGGCUCCUGGCAGCAGACAAGGAUCUCCUGGUGAAGCUCAGGAAGAAGACAGGCUACUCCUUUAUGAACUGCAAGAAGGCUCUGGAGCAAUGCGCCAAUGAUUUUAAGCAAGCAGAGACUUGGUUGCAUCAGCAGGCUCAGAAAGAAGGAUGGGACAAGGCUUCCAAACUUCAAGGAAGGAAAACAAAAGAGGGUCUUGUGGGGCUGCUGCAAGAUGGCAGCACCUCUGUGAUGGUGGAAGUGAACUGUGAAACAGAUUUUGUUGCCAGAAAUUCAAAGUUUCAGCAGCUGGUUCAGCAGGUGGCUGUGAGCACUCUGAGGCAUUGCCAAAGUCAUCCGGAGAACACGUCUUCUUAUGUCAAGGGAUUUCUAUGUGGUGACGAACUCUUACAGUUGAAAGCCGAUGAGUCAUUAAAAGAUCAACUUGCUUUAGCAAUAGGGAAGUUGGGUGAAAAUAUGAUUAUGAAGAGAGCUGCUUGGGUGAAGACACCUUCUGAUAUCUUCGUAGGUUCUUAUAUGCAUGGGAUUCUCAUGGCAGAUCUGCCAUCCCUAACUAAUAUGACAUUUGGAAAAUAUGGGGCUCUAGUAAUUUGCAAAGAUUCUGAUGGCAACCUUAAGAGCAACAUAUCUGAAAUUGGACGCAGGUUGGGUCAGCAUGUUGUGGGAAUGAACCCUCUGUUGGUGGGUUCCCUUGAGGAUGAAUCUGGUGGGGAGACAGAGACCAAGAUGCUAGCUCAACCCUUUCUUCUGGAGCCCAGUCUGACAGUUGGGCAGUAUUUGCAGCCACGAGGAAUUAAUGUGCUGGACUUUAUACGCUUUGAGUGUGGGGAAGAAGCAGAAUCAACAGAAUCUACCCAUACUUAACACUUGAACAUCCCUUUUUGAGCCUUAAGAUAUAAAAUAAAUAGUUUGUUUUGUUUUUCCAGCUUUGUUAUUUUUCUCUCUUUUCCACUCACAAUUACUGAACACUUCUUAGUCUAAUAAUAUACAAAAACUACAAAUUAUCUGAUCAUAUCUAUAACCAUUUUGACAUCUUAUUUUUAUUUGGAGUGCACACAUUGGUGCAGUUCUCCUUUUUUUUAUGGAUUCCCCCCCCCCACAGUACAAGUAUAUGAUAAGUAUAUAUUUUUUUUACAUUGCAGUCUCUUGAGAAUUCAUAGGGGUUAGUCUUUAGGCCUCAACUACCAAAAUUCAGGCUCAGGCCUGUAAAAAAUUAGAAAAAGACUUCAAAAAUUAAAAAAAUGUUGUUUCGCUCUUUGAAAGGGCUGUUUGGGAAGACUUGACAAAUACAUUUCUUAGACUUCGCUACCCAGAUGUUUGUUUGUAAAGAAUUUUAGUCCUAAUUUAUCACUCCAUUGACUAUUUGUACUGCCUAACAUUAUUCCUGAUCAAUUCCUUCAAAAAUAAAACAAUAAGAGAUACGCACAGAA